AUGGCUACCCCAAAAACUGUCUCUGUUGAGGUCUCAGGCCCCCUCAUCCAAGCGCUGACCUGCUUCAAUGGAUCUGGGCCUGGUGUAAGGUUGGACCGGCUCAGUGACAGAAGCCUCGAGAACAAAGAAACAGCCUUUGGUCUGAUUCGUACUUUCAACUUAGUGCCAAUCCAGCAAGGAGGCCAAGACCACUUUGCACUACAAUCCAAGCUAAACAAUGCGUACCUAGGCUUCAAUAUCAGUGACCGACGACUUAUGAUGCGCCAUGUUCAGUUUCCCCCGCCCGAAUAUUUCCGCUUUGCGUAUCCCCCGAACAUCCCGCAUUCCUAUGACGAGGAUGGCGCCCCCGUUCACAUCAUGGCCGCGGACGCCAGACCUGUCAAUGACCCCAACAACGCGAGCACGGAGUUCCAGUUGUUCGUACGCUCUCUUCAGGAGACAACUCCGGCAAGUAGCGUUGAUGAGUCAUGGAAACAACAGUUCGCUCUGAUAAGCGUUCUUGGGGAAAAGGAUUCCUCUAACGAGUCAGACGACCAUGCUGAAGUAAUGGCAUUCGGCGGUGGCGGGGGGUCGGACCUUGACAAUUCAGAGCAACUCGCUAAGGUCGCGGAGAUGCAGAGGACGGGAGACUUGCGAACAGCUAUCAACACCCUCGCCGAGGAGAAAUACGAUGAUUCCAAAAACCAGAGUGUUUCGCCAGAUGCUGUCAUCAAAGUGGCUCAGCUUCUAUGUAUCAUGGAUCAAUGUGUCUACAUGAGGGACCUUGAACAUGAGGAACAGAUAUAUUCGGAGUUACAGCCAUAUGCAGCUGAGAUCAAAGAGGCUGUUAAACAUUCCCGGCCACUCAGCCAGGCUACCUUAGACGCGAUGAUGAAAGCGCAGGUGAAGGGCGACAGAGCUACACAGAAAAUACAGGAGGUGGCAUCAAGGAUGGGGCUUGAUUAUCUACCCCUCUGCAACUUUUCUUCCGAUGGAAAACUUCUCCGUAACGGUCCUUACUGCGGCGCUUUCUAUGGGCACAGCGAGGAUAAGAAGCCGUUUAUCGUCAUAGCGUUCAAGGGGACUGGAAAGUUCAAAGAAUGGAUCACGGAUGCCAAGUUCAAUAUGAAGGAUGCGGUCGGGUCUAGCCCCUUGAAAGGUAGAUGUCAUAUCGGAUUCUUCGAUGGCGUAUUCAAAGACUUCCCGUGUGACCUGUCAUCAAACAAAUCAAUCCGCAUUGCUUUGCCGUUUCAGAUGAUGAGAAAUCAGCUCUGGAAACUUGAGAGGAAGGUUUUAGCCAAAACAUUUCCCUUUGGACUGAGAGUCCAAGCUUGGGUGACCGGCCAUUCUCUUGGCGGGGCAUAUGCCACGAACUGCUGGGCAGGCAUGCUAGCAGAUAUGCAUUUUAUGCAUACAACAAUUCGCGGUCUGAUGACGUUUGGAAGCCCGCGAGUAGGUAAUGAGACGUAUGCCACCAAUGCAGGCACCCUUAAGGGAUUUCGGAAGUCAUGGCGGUUUGUCAACGGUAAUGACUUGGUCGCAAGGAUGCCCGGCGUAACCCUUUGGUUGGAGAAGUACUACCAUGUAGACAGGAUGGUGAACAUUACUCCAGCGCGAAUCGCUUUAGGAGCUUCGGAACUCGGUGCUCUCAACGAAUAUACGAGCGAUGGAGCCACGGAAGAAGUUACGCUGGCUGAGAGCGAUCUUGAGGCGAUCGAUCAGGACGAAAAUCACGUCCAGGGAGGAAUCUUUGGAGGUGGCUUUGCGGACCACAGCCUCAAGAAGUACUGGGAAUCAUUGAGGAACGGCACUCUCGAGAGCCAUGAUCCAUGGCCUUAG